UAGUAGUAGCGUAGUGUAGUAGGAGUAGUAAGUAUGAUAGAACGAAAGAGUGGGGAGAGUUGCACUAACACAUAGAAACGGACGAUGCCACUCGAGUGGCAUCGAAUAUCCCCGCUCCGUCGUACGCGGCAGUCCGACGCCGGUCGCGCAGCUAGCAUGGCUGGAUUUUCUCGCAGUUUUUCACCGGUUCUCCCGUGGUAAAGAGAGACGGAGACGGAAAGACACAGAGAGACGGAAAGAGAGAGAGAGAGAGAAAGAGGGAGAAAGAGCUAGAUAGACGAGACACGUAGCAGCAGCAGCAGCAGCAGCAACACGAAAACUCGUUGUAUUCAACAAAACGCAUUCCUUUGGUUUCGUCCUAUACAAUCGUACGUCGUUCCUCAUAGGAUACAAGACCUUUGCUUUUCGUUCUAUCGUUCGAGAUAAGCACAGAGAGAGAGAGAGACAGAGAGACAGAGAGAGAGAGAGAAAGAAAGAGAGAGAGAGAGAGAAAGAAAGAGAGAGAGAGAGAGAGAGAGAGACAGACAGAAGGAAAAGGAGGGAGCAUAGGCGAUCGCGAGUCGACGUGAGCCAGAACUGACGCCAGAUGCUCGAACAUAACCUCAAAAGUGAAACACUCGAUAGAAAUUAGAUGAUCCCUUCGUAGAUCGUCGAUAUAAGUUCGAUUAAUUCAUAUUUACGUCUAAUAGAUUAGAUUAACGUCCAUCCUACUUUUACGAGGCGACACGUGCUCCUUCUGCGUGCGUUUCACCAGCCAAUCGUUGUCUUCUUCGUCGGGUUGGUGUGUACGUCGCGUCGUUUAUCCUUCUCUCUCUCGCGCGUGUGUUCCCCCCUCCUCUCUUCGUAGUAGUUAUCGUUGUCCUCGUCGUUCUCUCUCUCUCUCGUAAUGUCAAAGAAAGAUAUAUAAAGGAGAAAGAGAGAGAGAGAGAGAUGGGUAACAGUCGGAUCGUAUCGCGCAAAUGAGAAUCUCGAAGAGACUAGACAGUAAGUAGUAAGAGAGACAGAUUGAAACAUAAAGAGAGAGACAGAGAGAGAGAGAAAGCAAAGCAAAGCAAAGCAAAGCAAGCGAGAGCGCGAAAGAGAAAGAGAGAGAGAGAGAGAGAUAGAAAACGAAGAAAGUGCGUCGUGUUGUUGCAAGUGAACGAAGAGGAAAUAAAAGAUUCUAGAAAAGGAAAAAUAAAUAAGAGAGAGAGGGAGAGAGAGAGAAGAAAAGCACGAGGAAAUCGUACGAGAGGAUCGACUAUGAUCGUCCUUCUUCUUCCUUCUUCUCUUACUCUUGCACGUCCACAUCCAGCAUCUUCUUGUCGUUCGUCGUUGGAACGGUAAAUCUCUGAUGUCCGAACAGUAGAAGAGGAACUUUUCAAAAGAACUCGUUUCGUGUGCACGACGACGACGACUAACCAACCAACCAAUCGUCCGACUGAACGACCGAUCAUCCAACGUCCUAUUGUACCUACUAAUCAUCGUCUAUUUCUAAACGAGCCUGUCUUUAUAUGAAUUACGGAUCGAAGAAGGUCGGAUCGAUAUGCGGACGUCGUGAUAUCGUGUGAUCGAGCCAAUCGACGUUCCCUCGAAUGGGCUAAGAGCCGAAAAUCGUUACUCCGUGGAAACGCCGAGGCUCUACAUCGCCCUUAAUUGACAGGAAGAGAGGGUGUGUGUGUGUGAGAGAGAGAGAGAGAGAGAGAGAGAGAGAGGGGGAAGGAGGGAGAAAGGAAAAGAGGAAGAACCAUCAAGCUGGAAACUCAAGCGUAGAGUCAAGAAAUAACGGAAGAGGGAAGAGAAGGAAGAAAAGUAAGAAGAAAAGGAAGAGGAGAAGAGCGGGGGAGAUAUCUGGAGCGGCGUUUGAAAUUUACGAGUAACUCGGUGCUCUUGCAAGUGUAAUAGUAUCUUCGAACGAGAGAGAAAAAGAGAGAGAGAGAGAGAGAGAGAGAGAGAGAGAGAGAGAGAACGAACGAACGAACGAAGGAAAGAAAGGAAGAGAGUGAGAGAGAGGCACAUGGCAUAACAAAUGGUCCCCCGUAAAACCAGCUCGCGACUGUUAAAUGACACCGGAAGUACCGAGCUAAGAAAUACACGAGGUAUCUAGAGCGAUUCGUGCAAUACUUUUGUAUCCUCUCGACAGUUGUUUCGUCACUUGCUCGUAAAAUUCGAUAUAAAUAAAUAAAUUUUUCAUCGAAUCAUCGACAAUAGAUCGAUAAGAACGACAAUAUGAUUUCCUUCGAUCAUGAGGAAAUCAUGAUUGGACGUAAUCGUUGUUAUUAAGAGGAAAGAAUUUUUUGAUUGCCCGAUAUAUUUUUCUUUCUUUUUUCUUUUUUCUUUCUUCCUCGUUGUUUUUUUUUCUCUUUCUUUUUUUUUUUUUUUUUUUUUUAUUUUUUUUUUUUUUUUUUUUUUUGAAAAGAAAUAUGAAGAUCAUCGGAAUGAAAGAUCGUAGAUGAGCAAAGGUCCGUGAAAAAGAAAUAUUAGAGAAAGGAAGGAAAUAAGGAGAAGGAGAGGGAGUGGAAGAAGAAGAAGAAAAAGAAGAAGAAAGAAAGAAAAGGGGGAAGAGAAGAAGGAAGAGGAGGAGGAGGAGGAGGAAGAAGAGGGAGAACCAUCAGGUCCAGCAGAGCCAGAUGGGUUAAAGGCGAAACGCGAUGGAAGGCGCGAUUCCGUGCCGGUGGAUGCAAAAGGGCGCUGUUCGCACUGCAACCGCUGCCCUUUCGGAAGCGCAACAAGUGACAACGCCGUGGUGCUGCUGCUGCUGCUGCUGCUGCUACUACUGCUAUUACUGUUACUCCUCCUCGCUCACCAGACGUCAUCGGCUUUAUCCAGAAAGGAGUCGAGAGGAUUCGAUUCCGUUGACUUGAACAAAGGAGAAAUAGAAAAAGAAAUAGAGAAAGAGAAAGAUAGAUACGGGUCAAGGAUCGUUGGCAAGCUCCGUUAACAGCGUACCUACUGGGAUGAACUUCUUACGAGCUAUCCAAAAAAGAUUAUUUCCUUCUUCGUCCUCCUCAUCCUCAUCCUGCUCUUUAACGGAGAAAUAGGAACGAACGGUCGAGAGUCGUUCAUGGCGACUUUGUCCUGAGAGACUCGAUGAAACUACGUCGGGGAGAAAGACGAUUGCCGAGAAUCUUGGAGGAUUCUUGGUCUGGAAUCCCUUGGACUGUGCCUUGAAUCUUACGUACGAUAGACGACAGCUCGUCUGAUCUCUCAACGAGCUUCUUCACGAGGAGUAAAAGAGAAAAGACGCGAGAGAAAAAGAUAAAAAAAGAAGAAGAAGAAGAAGUGGGAGGAAGAGAAGGAGGAGGAGGAGGAGGAGGAGGAGGAUCGGCAGGAUUUUUAUCUCUUGUAUCUUUUUCACCUCCUUUUUUUCUUUCUUCUCUCUUUUUUUUUUUUUUUUUUUUUUUCUCUUUACCCACUUUGUCGUCCACUUUCUUUUCGUCGUCGUCGUGUCUCUUAUAGUGAUUUCGCUCGUUGUCGUCGUCGUCGUCGUCGUCAUCGUCGUCGUCGUUGUGGACGAUGGUGAUGAAAAUCUCCGCUGUCGAAGCUGGCGUCGCUCUGUUGGGCGCCGUCGGUUCACGUUGCGUCGUAAAGCAGGCGACGGUGAAGCGAUGCGUCGCGGCGCUCCUUCUCGUCUCCAUCGCGAGCAUCUUUUAUUACACGCACUAUGUCAUCAGCAGUCCUCUCUCCAGUUUGAUACAUCGUGAUACCAGACCUGAACCCUCGAUAAGAUGUUCCACAUUGAGGGGUGCGACGAGACUGCCUUCGGCGCCGGAUCACAGGAGCGAGGCACGAUUGAGGAUAGAUCCAAAGGUGUUGGUCUUCGUCGAAACUUUAUAUUCCAGGCUGGGACGAGAGAUAGCCGAGCUACUCGUUUAUAACCGAAUAAAGUACAAAGUAGAGGUGGCCGGGAAGUCUCUGCCGGUAUUGACGAAUCUCGACAAGGGUCGUUACGGCGUUCUAAUAUUCGAGAACCUUAACAAGUACCUGCAAAUGGACAAGUGGAAUCGAGAACUAUUGGACAAGUAUUGCAGAGAAUACUCAGUUGGAAUCGUUGGUUUUGCUCCUCCAGGCGAGGAGAGUCUCGUUGGUGCCCAACUAAAGGGUUUUCCUCUCUUCAUACAUACGAAUCUUCGGCUUAAGGACGCCCAGUUGAACGCGGCAUCUCCUAUUCUACGAUUAACCAGAUCCGGAGAAACAGCCUGGGGACCACUUCCUGGCGGUGACUGGACCAUUUUUCAGGCCAAUCACAGUACGUACGAACCGUUGGCCUGGGCACACAGGGACAGUCUCGACUAUCCGACCAACAAAAGCCCUCUGGCCACUGUCAUUCAGGAUCAUGGGAGAUACGAUGGGAUACAAAGGGUCCUAUUUGGUGGUGGUCUACGAUUUUGGUUGCACAAAUUGUUGCUUCUCGAUUCGCUCUCGUAUCUAUCUCACGGUCAGCUUAGCCUAAGCUUGAAUCGUAUGAUACUGGUCGACGUAGACGAUAUAUUCGUCGGUGAAAAAAGUACGAGACUUAAGAGGGACGACGUUAUGGCUUUGCUCGCAACUCAACAAAGGAUACAGGCUCUCGUUCCGGGGUUCAAAUUCAACUUGGGGUUUUCCGGGAAGUAUUUUCAUCACGGGACAGCCGAGGAAAACUUGGGGGACGAUAUGCUGCUGGAGAACGUCGACAGAUUUACGUGGUUUUCCCACAUGUGGAACCAUCAACAGCCUCAUCUAUACGAGAAUGUGACCCAUCUACAAUUGGACAUGGCACUGAACAAACAAUUCGCAAAGGACCACGGUAUACCGACGGUAAGCGGCUACAGCGUAAGUCCACAUCACUCAGGCGUUUAUCCGGUCCACGAAGGCCUUUAUGAGGCAUGGAAAAGAGUUUGGAACAUCAAGGUCACUAGCACGGAGGAAUAUCCACAUCUAAGACCGGCCCGUUUAAGACGUGGCUUCAUUCAUCGUAACAUCAUGGUACUACCAAGACAGACGUGCGGCCUUUUCACUCAUACAAUCUUUAUAGAGAGGUACCCAGGCGGAAGGGAUAAGUUGGACGAAUCGAUACAAGGCGGCGAACUCUUUCAAACGAUCGUUUAUAAUCCUAUAAAUAUUUUUAUGACGCACAUGUCCAAUUAUGGUAACGAUCGUUUGGCAUUGUAUACGUUCGAAUCUGUAAUAAAGUUUAUACAAUGUUGGACAAAUUUGAGAUUAUCGAGUUCACCGCCUCUUAAACUUGGCGAACAUUAUUUUCAACUUUAUCCGGAGGAGGCCGAUCCCGUAUGGGGUAACCCGUGUGACGAUCAAAGACAUCAAAAGAUUUGGUCGAGGAAUAAAACGUGCGAUCAACUGCCAAGGUUUUUAGUUAUAGGACCGCAAAAAACUGGGACAACUGCGCUCUACACAUUUCUGUCCAUCCAUCCGGCCAUAAGCAGUAAUUUGCCGAGCCCAGACACGUUCGAGGAAAUACAAUUUUUCAAUGGGAAAAAUUAUUACAAGGGUUUAGAUUGGUAUAUGAGCUUCUUUCCGGCAUCGAAAAACGAGAGUUCCAGAUAUCUUUUCGAAAAGUCAGCAACCUAUUUUGACGGCGAAUUGGUACCAAGAAGGGCUCACGCUUUAUUACCAAGGGCCAAACUCAUUACUAUAUUACUCUCGCCGGCUAGAAGAGCUUACUCGUGGUAUCAGCAUACCAGAGUACAUGGUGAUCCCGUAGCAAAUAAUUAUUCAUUUCAUUCGGUCAUUACGGCCAGCGAUACGGCCCCAAAACCAUUAAGAGAUCUUCGAAAUAGAUGCCUCAAUCCUGGCAAAUAUGCGCAACAUUUGGAAAGAUGGUUAUCGUUUUAUCCACCACAGCAAUUGCAUAUCAUUGAUGGCGAACAAUUGCGACAAAAUCCAGUUGAAACGUUGCACGAAUUGCAAAGGUUUCUCAAAAUCACACCGGCAUUUAAUUACUCGUCGCAUCUUAGGUACGAUCCUAAAAAGGGAUUCUUUUGUCAAGUUACCAACGAGGAUCGUACGAAGUGUCUUGGAAAGAGCAAAGGACGUCAGUACCCGCCUAUGGAGGAUAAAUCCUAUAAAUUCUUGCAAAGGUAUUACUUGUCACACAACACCGCCCUUGUAAAAUUAUUGAAACGGCUUGGAUCCAGAACGAUUCCGCAAUGGCUUAAGGAAGAUCUAACCGACACGGUGAUGACCUAGCAAACGCCGAUCACAUGAAACACAGCUAUUUCUCGAUUUCAAGCCUGGAUUCUUGCUUCCGCCGUACACGAGAUACGACGUUUAUUGGUGGAAGACUUGUAAAUUAUUUCUAUCAUGUAAAUAUUUCGCUGGACUACAAAUCCUAAUCGAGGAGAAGGACCAUGACCAGUGGAGUGGCCUAAAAUCGGUGAAAGCCUGGAAAGCUAGUCACUAAGCGAUUAUACGGUUACAUAAUCCGUAACUGUUGAUCGUUGUUAAGCUAAUAAUACUAUUAUUAACGUUAUAUUGUAAUAAUAUAAUUAUUAUUAUCGUUGUUGCGUCAUUAAAAAUCAGGAAGGCCGAUUAUCGGCCAACUUUAAAACUCGCAGACAUAAUCUGCGAUUGAUUUCAUUGUUAUCAGGAUAAUAAAAAGUCUUGAUAAUCCUUACUUCGUUUGGAUCAGAAAGAAAAUCUUAUAUGGAGGACUAUUUGACUUUCAGUCAAGCAUCGAUUUAUAUCUUUGGCUUUUAAAUGGAGCAUACUUUUUUCUUUUUUUUUUUUUUUUUUUUUUUUUUUUCUUUUCUUUUC